AUGCCCUCCGCCGCUCCCGCCACCGCAACCGCGGCCUUCCCCUACCAGCACCAUGAGGAUUUCGACCCACAGCACUUCCGCGACGAGCUGCAGCACAUCGCAAAGCAGCUCGGUCCAAACGCACAGCUCACCGACCGCGCAAUCGCAGAGAGCCUCGACGCCGCUGACCCGCUCAACGCAAUGAGGCACCACUACCACAUCCCCACCCUCGCAGACGUCUGCGACCCCGCCGCCCUCUCCCAGUCCAACCCGGACGCAAAACCCACCGACGAGGCCCUCUACAUGUGCGGCAACUCGCUCGGCCCGCUCCCAAAGCUCUCGGAGCACUACGUCGGCCAGGAGCUCGACGCCUGGAAGCGCAAAGCCGUCAUCGGCCACUUUGGCCACCCCUACAACCGUCCCUGGACCUCGAUGGACAUCCACGUAUCGGAAAUGUGCGCAGACAUCGUCGGCGCAAAGCCCUCCGAGGUCACCGUCAUGGGAUCCCUCACCGGCAACCUCCACAGCCUCCUCGCCACCUUCUACAGACCCGCCGUCAAGCCCUUCGGCGUCGGCUUCCGCGGCGACGUAGACGAGGCCAGGCAGCGCGGCCAAAAGGUGCGCCACAAGAUCGUCUACGAGCUCAAGGCGUUUCCCUCGGACCGCUACGCCCUUGGCUCAGUCAUCGAGCUCAACGGCUUUGACGUCGAGACGUCCCUCGUCGCCCUCGCGCCCCGCCCGGGCUCGAAGACGCUCGAGGAGCAGGACAUUCUCGACACCCUCGACCGCCUCGGACGCGAGGGCGAGACCGCGCUCGUUCUCCUUGGCGGCGUUCAGUACUUUACCGGCCAGUUCUUCAACCUGCCCCGGCUCUGCGCAAAGGCCCACGAGCAUGGCAUCCUCUUUGGCGUCGACCUCGCCCACGGCUUCGCAAACGUGCCGCUCAAGCUCCACGACUGGAACGUCGACUUUGCCGCGUGGUGCACCUACAAGUACGGCAGCUCCGGGCCCGGAGGCAUGGGCGGCCUUUUCGUCCACCAGCGCUGGACCGACCUCGCCGCCGACGAGCAGCUCACCCGGCCCGCAGGGUGGUACGGCCACGAGCGCCAGACGCGGUUCAGCAUGCCCGAGCACUUCAAGCCCGUCGCCGGCGCUGGCGGGUGGCAGGUGUCGAACGGAUCGGUGCUCGACAUGGCUUCGCUGCGCGGAUCGCUCGAGACCCUCUUCAAGGUCAAGCAGCUCGUCCAGUUGCCCAAGUCGGCCACGGCAGCGACACAGAACGGCAACGGCAGCGGUGGCGGUGCUGGUGGCGCCGACGCUGAGGCGGUGGGCUACGGUACCGUGAUGCCCAUCCUCCGCGCCCGCUCGCUCCGCCUCACGUCGUACCUCGAGCUGCUCCUCACCUCGCCCGGCUUCCUGCCGGACAGCGUCGACGUCAAGCUCGUCACGCCAUCGGAUCCCAAGCAGCGCGGCUCGCAGCUCUGCAUCCAGUUCCCCGAGACCGACGCUGCACCCGCCACGGCGCCGCCAGCACCGGCACCGGCACCGACGGGCGCUGACGGCGAGGUGCCGCCACCGAUCGACGACAAGAAGCUCGUGGCGCGCGCCCACGCCCGCGCCGAGAAGCGGAGGGGUCUCGUGGCCGACAUCCGCCACCCGGACAUUCUUCGCCUCGCUCCCCUCGCGCAGUACUCGUCGUUUGUCGACGUCUUCCGCACCGCAGAGGCGCUGCGCGUCAGCAUCCUCGAGGAGAUUGAGGCGUCCAAGUAG